AUGGCUUUCCCUCUUCCUCGGGGCGUCACAGCCUCAGAAAUCGCCUUCCUGGCAGAGAUGGAAACAGUGACAAUUGUGCCCCGCCAGCGUCUAGAAGGCCUCGAACUAUUAGGAGGACCUAUUGAACCUCUCCUCCCACCCCGACGCGCGUCCCUCCCUCUCUGGCUCGCCCUCCUCCUCAAACGCCAACGCCGCGCAAACAUUAUCCCACCAACAUGGCUACACCCAGAGCCAUUAGCCCUCAUCCUCGAAGUAGAGUCCCAGCACCAAGACUACAAAAACGCUUUCUCCCCGCCUCCGCCCCUGCCCGGCCAACCUAGCAUUUUGGACCGCGAUGCCCUGCCAUCUGCUCGGCCGCAAUGGCAAUCGAUACUAUCCCGCGCCGCCUUUCCUACCUCAAAACACAGCCCAGACAGUGACCUCUUCGCGGGAUCCCCCUCACUACCGUUUCACUGGGUUGAGGUUGGGAAUAUGCUGCUUGACGCCGCGAGUGAUGAUCUCGUGGAUCCGGAUCAGAUUCGGAGACUGCUAAAGGACCUGCGUGAGGUGCGCAUGGCGAAAAUGAGGUCUGGUGUUGAUGUGCUAGAUGCUGCGGCGACCGGUGGCGGUGGUGUUGCUUUGACGGGUGUCGGUUCUAUGGAGCUGGGAGAAGAGCGAGGAUUUAUCACUGGCGUGGUGGAUGGCCUUCGGAGAAUUGGGUCCUCCAAGGAACAGGCUCGACGUGAACAGAUGGCCGAGCAGAGAGCAAACGGUGGUUACGAUGGCACCCAGGACGACGACGAAGAAGAAGAUUAUAUGGAGUUCUAA